CAAUGUCUUUUUAUUAUCUACCACAAGCAUAAUGUGUGAUAGAAUCAUAAAUUCACAUAUUUGGAGGAGGCGGGACACCAAAAUUUUAGACAUCUUUUGUUGAAAUUUCAAAUUUUUUUGACAAAUCCACUUUUUGCUCUAUCUCCUUUCCAUGUCCAUCUCUUCCACUUUAUCUUCCUUUCCCUUUUCCAAAAACAAAAACAAAUUCUACCCCCUUUCAACUACGCUCCCACGUUUUUCCAAAGCUCAACCGCUUCGGUUUCUUAAAACAAAAAAAAAAAAAACAUCAUAAUUUGUCUCUCCCCGAUUUCCCAUAAUUUAAUUUGCAUCUGCUACAAUGGUGUGUUGUAUGUUAAUCCUAUCAAUGUUCUAUCCAGUCUCUUCGGAAUAUUUCUCUGCCCCUGGUAACAAUCACAAGAAGCUUACAGAAAUGAAGCAGCAAAUUGUCGAGACCAAUUUGUGCUUGACAAUGGCAUUUUUUUCUUAAACCCAUCAUGUCUUUGCAGUGAAGUCUGCAGACCUGAAAGAAAUUUGUGCAUAGCGAGGUAACAGUUGUGGAGGAGUGUAGAGAGGAGAGGCACUUGCAAACUUAAAGUGUGAUUGGCUUGCUGGAGAUGUGUGUCUUCUGGAAGAAACGAUUGAAGAGAAGAAGAUCAUCAUUGGAGGACGAAUCCUACGCCUCCUUCGCCGGAUCCAUGAUGCUGGUCCGUUCCAUUGCCAGAGACCUCUUCCCACAGCCCCUCAGCUCAUACAUUUUCUCAAAACUCUCUCGCCUUUUCAGUACCCCUUUCUCCUCCAUAACUCUCGUCAUAGAAGAGUUCUCCGGCGCCGCACGCAACCAGGUCUACGCCGCCGCCGAGGUCUACCUCCGGACCAUCAACAACAUUACUCCUUCCACUCACCGCCUCUGUGUCGGAAAAAAUAUCCGGCAAAAGACAGUCAGCCUCGCCCUUGACAACAGCGGACAGCUCGAAGACGCCUUUGACAAUGUGAAUCUGACGUGGCGUUUCAAGGUGAGGAAGGAAAAGUCUGGUGCUGAACAGCGUCAGUUCGAGCUGAGCUUCCACAAAAAACACAAAGACAAAGUGAUGGAGUCCUACUUCCCCUACGUGCUUGCUAGGGCUGACGCCAUCAAAGAAGAGCAAAGGGUUGUGCAGCUUUAUUCCCGCCAUUUAAUGUCUGAUACUGAUUUCAAAGGCAGGUGCACAUGGGGUUCGGUGAAUCUGGAGCACCCGUCUACGUUCGACAUGAUGGAGAUGGACCCCGUGACGAAGAGGAUGAUUGUGGAGGAUUUAGAGAGGUUUGUAAGGAGGAGGGAGUUUUACAAGAAGGUGGGGAAGGCUUGGAAAAGAGGCUACUUGCUGUAUGGUUCUCCCGGGACCGGAAAAUCCAGCUUGAUUGCCGCCAUGGCUAAUUAUCUCAAGUUUGAUGUGUAUGAUUUGGAGCUCACUAGCAUUCAAAACAACAAUGAGCUGAGGAGGGUUUUGUUGUCCAUGACAAAUCGUUCGAUUUUGGUGAUUGAGGAUAUCGAUUGCUCUGUGGAUAUACAGAACGGGGAAUCGAAUAAAAGGUCUCAAGAUAUCUCUCAACGAUCUGCUUCUAACAAGCAGUUGACACUUUCAGGCCUACUGAAUUUCACCGAUGGGCUGUGGUCGAGCUGCGGCGACGAGAGAAUUAUCGUGUUCACAACAAACCACAAGGAACAGCUAGACCCUGCAUUGUUGCGUCCAGGUCGAAUGGACCUGCACAUUUACAUGUCCUAUUGAACCGCAGCUGGGUACAGGAUCUUGGCCGCCAACUACCUUGGCAUUCAAGAAAACAACCGUCAUCGCCUCUGCGGAGAAAUUGAAGCGCUGAUAGAGAGCACAGAGAUUACCCCGGCAGAGGUUGCUGAGGAACUGAUGAAGAGUGAUGAUGUUAAUGUGGCUCUUGAAGGACUUGUCAAUCUGCUCAAAUGUAAGAAGGCCGCCAAAAGCAAUGAAACGGAGGAUUAAGGGAAAGCAAGGAGUUCAGGUUCAGAGGAGUAAUUAACUAAGCUAGUUUUAUUUCAUCUAUGCUUUUAUAGACAUCAACGUUAAUUUCAUGUCGUAUCAGUUUGAACUUGGGAUUAGUAAUCCAUCUGUUGCUCAUAUGUGCCCGUUAAUUUGGUUAGUUCGUUUGAAUUUAAUUAAGCUAACCAAAAGUUAAUCA